UGAUGGGUGCAAUUACUUUUGUAAAUCCCCAUAAAUUAAUUCAAUUUUCGUAAAAUUUUGUUAAUAAAGGUACUUCCGAACACAUAUGCAGAAGGAGUCGUUUUCAAUUCUACUCCUUGUAUAAAAUUUGAGAGGUAUCAAUACAGUACAUGUUCAAAUUGGGGUUAAAAUAACCAUACAUGGAAGUAUUUACUCCCCGGAAUUUUUCUUGUCGCAAAACUCGUGGCCCCAAAAUACAAAUGCAGCAUUUGCCGCAGCCAUUCAGGAAUUUUUCAACUAACCUUUUUACAAUUAUAAGAAUUGAAAAAUUCAGGAGUUUUGGGAAGUAUAUAAGGAGGUGGAAAUAGCUCCAAUAGAAUCAAUUAUUUUAUCAUGAUAUGUAUUGUUAUCCCACUAACCUGAAUAUUAUCUUUUCAAGUAAUUCGCAGCCAUGCAAAAGUUCAUCUUCCCUAAAUUAUCUCAAAUUGGAUUAGUUGCAUUAGCAGCUUAUUUAUAUUUAUUCACCAACUUGGUAGAUGCUGUCCCAGUUAAUAAUGCUAUUUCUCAGAAACAAAAUAUUAUUUUCUUAGUUUCUGAUGGUAUGGGUGCUGCUUCUGUCCAAUUAGCUAGAACUUUCAAACAAGUCCGUGAUGACUUAGAAUUCAAUGAUAUUUUAGACUUGGAUCAAUAUUUAGUUGGUACUUUCAGAACCAGAUCAAAUAGUUCUUAUGUCACUGAUUCUGCUGCUGCUGGUACAGCUUUAGCCUCUGGUCAUAAAACGUAUAAUGGUGCUAUCAAUGUUGAUCCAGAAACCAAGACUCCUUUGGGAACCAUUGGUGAAGCAUUAAAAUUGCAAGGUUAUAAGGUCGGUAUUGUUGUCACUACUAGAGUUACAGAUGCCACUCCAUGCGUUUGGUCUUCUCAUGCUCUCUUAAGAGGUCAAGAAGAUUUGAUUGCAGAACAAAUGUUAGGUAUUGGUCAUCCUUUAGGACAAGUCAAUGAUUUAAUCUUAGGUGGAGGUAGAAACUUUUUUACUCCACUCAAUGUUGAAGGUGGUGCAAGACCAGAUAACAGAAGUUUAGUUGAAGAAAUUAAAGCAAAUGGAACUUGGACAUAUGCCGGUAAUAGAGAAGAAUUCGAUGCUUUAGCUGGUGGUGAAAAUGUUACUUUACCAUUGCUUGGUUUAUUUGCCGAGGAAGAUAUUCCAUACAAGAUUGAUCGUGAUGAAAGUAUUUAUCCAAGUUUAGUUGAAGAAGUUCAAGUUGCUUUAACUGCUUUGACUAAGGCUACUGAAGAUCAAGAAAAAGGUUUCUUCUUAAUGAUUGAAGCCUCUAGACCAGAUCAUGCUGGACAUGCCAACGAUGCUCAAAGUAUAGCUCGUGAAGUAUUGGAAUUCAACGAUGUUAUUGACUUGGUUCACCAGUAUGUUCAAAAUGCUACUACUAACACUGUUGUUGUGUCUACUGCCGAUCAUGAAACUGGUGGAUUAUCUGUAUUUGGCACUUCUCCUAAGGAUUAUUCUGCUAUCUUUAAUGCUACCCAUUCCAGUCAAUAUUUAGCUAAAGAAAUUGAAGAUUUCGUCAAUAAGGACGAUGAAGGUGCUUUGAUCAAUUUCAUCAAAACUGAAACACUUGAAAAGGGCUUGGGUCUUUCAUCAUACACAGAUGAUGAAGUCCAAAGAGUUCAAAAGAAUGUCGGUACUUCCAAAUUAGCUCCUACUAUUGCCAACUUGACUAGUGCAAGAUCCAAGGUCUCAUGGGGUACAGAUGGUCACUCAGCUAUUGAUGUUGAUAUUUACUCUUUCUCUAAUACUCCUUACCUUAGUCAUAAAGUCUUAAAUACUAAGGAUGGAUUAGGUGGAGCUCAUGAGAACACCGACUUUUCUAUUUUCAUUAAAUCCAUUGCUGGAAUUGAUUUAGAUGAAGUUACCGAUUUGGUUUCCAAUAUUACCGUUAAUUCUACAGUUCCUUCUGGAGGCGAUUAGAUUGCUGUUGCUUCUUUGGAUAUUUAGUUUCUUCUUCUUUCCGUUAUACCAUUUAUUUCGAUAUUAAAA